UUCCUCGUUCCACCACCAAGUCUUUAUCUUCUUUCCUCCUUUCAGAUGACACACCCAGCACCUUCCUACCUGUUUCCUGAGAACCUCUGUUGUAGUUUCCAGUCAUCUGGAAGCUCUUCCUGACCACUCAGAGACUGUCUCAACUUCUGCCUGAAUGCUCUUCAUUCUUUGGCUUCCACAACCUGGCCUUCUUUUCUGUCUUUCCUCUCUUCUUCUUCCUGAGUCAUCUUACACACCACCAUGCAGUGCUGUCUGGCUUCACUCUCUCCUACCACCACUUUGCAGUCACUAACCUCCCUCAAAUGACCUCGUCUACAUAGGAUGUAGUCCACCUACCUCCACUCUGUACUGUAUGUCACAUAGGCUAUGUUCCUCUCUCUUCUGGAAGUAAGUGUUGAUUCAGAAAAACCCAGAAGAAAAAGCCUGGACAGAACAGUUGAAUGAGCACCAACAGCCUCCUUCCUCCGAGCCCCUAUAAGGGCACGGGAGGAGCCAGCCUUUCUCAAAUAAAAGGCUGCGAUGAUGCAACUGUGGCUCAGACCGAACGCACGCCAGGAUGCUGCUGCAGCCGCUCUGGACCUUCUUGCUGGGACGCUCCUCCUGGAUCCUCUCCCCGUUCUUUCCGGUGGUCUUCUCGCUCUCCGUCUACCUGUCCUUCUGCCUGCCCUUCCUGCUGCUGGACCUGCUGUCCUGCAGGUGGGCCCUGGUGCGCAGGUACAAGCUGCAGCCUCAGAGCUCCGUCAGCUGGGCCUCCAUGCGGAGCUGCCUGGCUCGGACGCUUUACAACCACCUGCUCUUCAUCUUCCCUCUGACUGUGCUGCACUGGUACCUGAGGCGGGUCCAGCUGCCGGCAGAGGCGCCAGCUGCGCCCCGGCUGCUGGCCCAGGUUCUGGUCUGCCUCCUGCUCUUUGACUUCCAGAGCUUCAUCUGGCACCUGCUGCACCACCGUGUGCCGUGGCUCUACCGCAGCUUCCACAAGGUGCACCACACGUACACGUCCACCUCCGCCCUUACAGCUGAAUACUCUGGGGCCUGGGAGACCCUCAGCCUGGGCUUGUUUGCUGCUGCCAACCCCCUCCUACUGGGCUGCCACCCGCUUACAGAGCUGGCCUUCUUUGUGCUCAACAUCUGGCUGUCUGUGGAGGACCACUGUGGCUACGACCUGCCCUGGGCCACCCACCGCCUGGUACCGCUGGGGCUGUACGGUGGGGCCCGCCACCACGACCUGCAUCAUCUCAAAAGCAAGUGCAACUAUGCCCCGUACUUCACACACUGGGACCGGCUGGCUGGGACGCUGUACACGCAGGACUGAAAAGACUAGGAUGGGACCCUGGACUGUGGAGGGACCCUGGACUGUGGAGGGAUCCUGGACUUUGAAGGGAUCCUGCAUCAAAAUCAAAUAAUGAAGUUGUUCCUAAAUGGUUUCUUGGACUGAACUUUUCAAAUGAAUGUUUGGAAACUGUCUAAAACUGAUUUGAUAGAUUCUGAUGAAGAGGUUCAUGAAUUGUUUUUUUAGUCCUUAAACUAAUGGAAGAAGGUGAAAAAACAUUUUGGUUUUCUAGGUUAACAACAUUUAAACUAAUCAAGAGCAUUCCAAACUGUCUAACACUGCUUGCUGAGUCAAUUUAGAUCUUGUCACAAAACUUUUCUACAAGUUCUAAAAAUGUGUGAAGUUUCUGAGCAGAAGAAGCCGCCUCAGUCUGUUAUAUUAACAGACUGAGGAGGAACGCGCUAACGCUCCAGCUACAUGUGUAUUUAUUGAAUGAUGUAUUUAUUUAUUCAACGGUUAUUUAAGCAGUGUUUGAAAUGUUUUUAUGUGGACGUGCAGUGGCAUGUCAAUAUCAGGAUGAAGUAAUGAAGUGUUUGUGGAAGGAACCCAUCAAACUGUGAUGCUGCUGAUCUGUGAUCAAACAAUAAACGUUCUGAACGAGG